AUGUCAACUACUUCAACUCCGCGGAAACGUCUCAUUUCUGAAGUAGAUGAUAAUGAACUUCCAAUAUUUGAUGAUGCUCAAGAUUUAAUAAAUGCCGUGAUUUCAACUCUACAAACUCCUGAUGAAGCCACCAAUGUGGCAGCUUAUUAUGCCAACGAUAAAAACUUGGCUACUGAAGUUCAAGCUUAUGCUAAAAUAGCUGGGAAAGAUUGGACUUAUUAUGUCAAAUCUUUAAAUGUUUCUAUUGGUAGAAAUACCGAUACUAAUCCUCCACCUCAAAGUCUCACUCAAAAUCAAAAUCAAAAUAAUCUUGGUUUAAUCGAUAUUGAUUUAGGUCCUGCAAAAGUGGUUUCAAGACAACAUGCUAAUAUUGUAUAUAAUUUAGAAACAAGAUGUUGGGAAUUAAUCAUUAAAGGUAGAAAUGGGGCAAGAAUGGAUGGUGUGAAAUUAUCCGUUGGAGAAAAUAACCCUCAUCCUUUACAUUCAGGUGCUAUUUUAGAUAUUGGUGGAACUCAAAUGAUGUUUAUUUUACCUGAUUCUCCUCCAAAUAUACUGCAAAAAAUUUUAACCAAAUGUUUAUUAAAAUAUAAAGAACAAUCUUUAAAACAUUCAAGAAAACCUUCUUCAACUACUAACUUUACUAGUAAUAAUCAAGUUAAAAGUUUCCAAAUCUUUGAUAAAGCUCAAUUACCUCAAUCUCCAUCUUCUUUAUCAGCUACUUCUUUACAAAGUAAUUUAGAUCAAGAUUUAUCAAAGGAAGAAUCAAAAGAUAUUAAGCCUCCUUAUUCUUAUGCCACCAUGAUUACUCAAGCUAUUUUAUCUAAUCUUGAUGGUGUAAUGUCAUUAUCCGAAAUUUAUAAUUGGAUUAGUGCAAGAUAUGCUUAUUAUAAAUAUUCAAAAACUGGUUGGCAAAAUUCAAUUAGACAUAAUUUAUCAUUAAAUAAAGCAUUUGAAAAAGUCCCAAGAAGACCAAAUGAACCUGGUAAAGGGAUGAAAUGGCAAAUUAGUGAAUCUUAUAAAAAGGAAUUUUUAAAUAAAUUCUCUAAUGGUUCCAUGCUGAAAAAUAGAAGAGGUUCUUCAGUUUCAAGACAAUUACAUUUACAUUUAGCAACUCAUAAGAACUUACCUGAAACUCAAACUUAUUAUCAACAUGAUACUAACUCUAUUGAACAACAACUUCAUCAUAAUCAAUUAAAACAAAUGCAGCAACAACAACAACAGCAGCAGCAACAACAACAACAACAGCAGCAGCAACAACAACAACAUCUUCAACAACAACAAUUUAAACCUCAACAAAAUCUCCUCCAACAACAGCAACAACAACAGCAUGCAUAUCCUUCAAUUCCUUCAAACCCAAUGCAAUCCAAUCCGUUAGCAUAUUUAACGACCGCCAAUUCUUAUAUACCGCAACAACAACAGCAACAACAACAACAAUUACAAAAUACUAAUUAUGGAUUCCAAAAUCAUGGAACUCAACUAAUGUAUGGAGCUACCGCAGGAAAUAAUGUCACUAAUCCUGGUAAUAACCAACUUAAAGGUGAUCUUUCAUCCCCUAUAAAACAACUUUCUGAACUUAAUAAUAUAACUCCAAAAUUACCAAAAGUUUCUGGAACUCAUUUGUAUAAUUUACCACCACCUCCACCUCCAGCAUCCACCAACCAACCUAUUGCCACAGGCGGUCUUCAACAACAUAUGCUGCAUUCACGUCUGAAUUCAUAUCAAUUAGCUGAGGCUGCCCAUUUGACUUCUUACACCAACAGUUCAAUCCAAGAUGAUAGUUCAAAUAACACUGGUAGUAAUCUUAAUUCUACUGCUCCUACUUCUAAUGAUUUAGCUUUGAAUUUCACUAGUCCUAAGAAAGUCACUCCUCUAGAAGCUUUCACACCUGAAAGAGGAUCUAAAAGUGGUGGAGUCGGUGGUCAAAAUGUAGUUGGAAAAAUGGGAAAUACCAAUAAUGGUAAUAAUAAUGGUGGUGGAUUAAAUACUAAUCAAUCAUCACCUGCAUUUUGGAAUUUUGUUCAAUUUAGUACUCCAAGUGGUCAAACUCCAUUACGUAAAAAUAGUGAUGAACUGAAUAAUCAAGGUAGUCCAACUUUGAAUAGAAAAAUCCUUGCCCAUACUAACUCAAAUGCUAAUCUUAACAGUAGUAUUAAUAAUAGUAGCUCUAAUUCUAAUGGGGUUAAAGAAGAAAAUGAUAAAGUUUCUCCAUUAAAGAAUAAAAUUAGUAAUGAUGGUGGUGAUAAAAGGGAAAAUUCAUAA